AUGAAUAAGCCUCACUAUGCCGUCAACGUCGUCAGUCCGGCGACUGUCUUGGGCGGGGCUCUUUGCCAGAGACAUCUAGUGUCUCCAUACCCGUGGGUGAAGAACCUUUAUGAUGGAAACGAAGAGAUUGGAGCUCUGUUUCAGGCCAUCAUCCAUGUUGACGUGGAGGAUGUUGCUUUGCUCCAUGUUGCCACGGUAUUGGAUCCCGAUUGCAACGGAGCCCGACUACAAGCCUGGGGUGAAUACUGCAACAUGAAUGACAUCCUGGCCAUCUUGCGGAGGCUUCACCCGGAGAAAAAGUCUAUGAAUGACUUCCCAAACCAGACCGAACUUAGGAUCACCACUGAAUACGACCAACUGGUUGAAUUGCUCCGCAAGUGGGGAGGCCAGGAUGGAUGGACUCCGCUAAAGAACAGUGUCAUUGAGGAGAUAGAAGGGGCUCUCAAGUGGUUUCCCUGA